GUGUGUAGUGGACGGACCCUGCGCGUCAGUCAGAACACACAGAGGCAGAGCGCACGGAGAAGAGCAGAGACUCAUUGGUGUGAUGUGAAAUGACCAAGAGGACCGUGGAGCUUUUCAGCAAGCGAACACCUACUGUGCAAUAAAAGCAAAGAGGCAGUAGGUAACCAAUCCGUUGGAGACUAAAACUCUAAACACAUCAUGGAUUAAACUGGGACUGUUGCGCGGGUUAACACCAGACGGGCGGACAUGGCAGCACUUCGGAGGAAAUUUGGAGAAGACUACCAGGUAGUGAACACCAACCGGGCAACUACUUUCUCUGCCCCGGUGAAGAAGAAACGCCAACGCUUCGUGGAGAAGAACGGCCGCUGCAACGUGCAGCACGGGAACCUCGGCGGGGAGACCAGCAGGUACCUCUCCGACCUGUUCACCACUUUGGUGGACCUGAAGUGGCGCUGGAACCUGCUCAUCUUCAUCCUCACCUACACCAUCGCUUGGCUCGUCAUGGCAUCGAUGUGGUGGAUCAUUGCCUACAUCAGGGGGGAUCUAAAUCACGGCCACGAUCCGUCCUACACCCCCUGCGUGGCGAACGUUUACAACUUCCCUUCAGCGUUCCUCUUUUUCAUCGAGACCGAGGCUACCAUCGGCUACGGCUACCGGUACAUCACUGAGAAGUGCCCGGAGGGGAUCAUCCUCUUCCUGUUCCAGUCGCUGCUGGGCUCCAUAGUGGACGCCUUCCUCAUCGGCUGCAUGUUCAUCAAAAUGUCUCAGCCUAAGAAACGCGCGGAGACGCUCAUGUUCAGCCAGGACGCGGUGAUUUCUCAAAGAGACGGCAAACUCUGCCUCAUGUUCCGAGUGGGCAAUCUGCGCAACAGCCACAUGGUGUCCGCGCAGAUCAGGUGCAAACUCAUAAAGUCUCGUCAGACACCAGAAGGAGAGUUCCUGCCCCUGGACCAGUGUGAGCUGGAUGUUGGCUUCGGGACGGGAGCAGACCAGCUCUUCCUGGUGUCUCCUCUCACAAUCUGCCAUGAAAUAAAUUCCAGAAGUCCGUUUUUUGACUUGUCGCAGCGCUCCCUCAUGAACGAACAAUUUGAGAUCGUCGUUAUCCUCGAAGGCAUCGUGGAGACCACGGGUAUGACAUGCCAAGCGCGGACAUCAUACACCGAAGAUGAGGUUUUAUGGGGCCACCGCUUCCUGCCCGUCAUGUCUCUGGAGGAAGGCUUUUUCAGAGUGGACUACUCUCAGUUCCACAGCACAUUUGAGGUUCCAACACCUCCAUAUAGCGUCAAAGAGCAGGAGGAAAAAAACUCGUUGCCUUCACCUCAGUCCACUCCCACCCCCGCACUGACUGAGAGCCACGGCGCCCGGCGUGACCGGGUGUUUUCCGUGGAUUGCAUCAACACUUCAGAGGAGAGGGGCCGUCAGGGAGGAGCAGGCGGCCGGCUGCCGAGCAAGCUGCAGAGGAUGAGCUCGUCCGGGAAGGAGGACCUGCAGAGGAAGGUGCUUUUGCUCACCUCCCAGCAUGCAGAGAAGGCGUGCAGCACAGGGGACCUCCCCAUGAAGCUGCAGAGGCUGAGCUCCUCCCCCAGCCCAGGAGCACAAAAUCGGCUGCAACUCAAGUCACUCAAGGUGGGCUUUGAGCCCAUGACACAGUCAACAGGAGACCUGUACCAGUGCAGCCCUCCAACCACGCUGUCACCCACUCCUGUGCCCAUGCAUAGCCCCCUUCUGUCAGCUGGAGGGAGGCUGGAGGACAAUCUGCCACCAAAACUGCGAAAAAUGAAUGCUGACCGCUGAAAUCUGGACAGCAACCAUCAAACACGAGAAGGUGCUGCAUACAGUAAACAACAAAAAGCAAUUAUAAUGGGGCAAGAAAGUCUUUUAGGCAACUUGUGGGUCUUUUUUUCUUUGAGAACAAACUAUUACUGGAAAUACUGUGAUUUCUGUGCUUCGUAACGAAGGAAUAGACAAAAGACACGUAUUUACUGGAUCAUUCUGAGAAGAAUUGUGCAUGUCUACAAUAAAUCUAUUGUUUUAUUUAUGCACCACUAUACUCAGUAGUCAAUCUUAGUUUUAAUCAAGUAUAAAUUAUAUCAAAAUGAAAAUAAAUACAGUUUGAUAUUC